AUGUCUGUGACUACCACCAACACUCGGGAAACAGCAACAGUUCCCCUUGCCAUUCUGGCGGGCUAUGAAGUCCAUCACAGUGGACAUGAACAACUAGCACCUAUGAUACCUCCCUCCACAGCACCCAUCAACCAACCUCCAAACUGGCCCGCUGAUCAUCAUCGAAUUCCCGCCUAUCGUCCUAUCAACCGAAGCCUGGAUCAGAGCCAGCGACCACCAGGUGCAAAUAACCUGGAACGGGUUAUUAUCACAGUCAUGUUGCACGGUGUAUGGCUCAACGCAGCCGUAUCUCGAGUUUGGCGCUUUACGGGAGGAAGAUUGAAUGAUCGUUUGUUCCAUUACGGGAUUGGUGGUGAAUGGUAG